CAGUCAGUCCAACUGGGGCUGGUCACAGGGCCAACGGCACCGGCUUACUCAGCUCGCGGUCACAAGAAGUUGGCAGAUCCCCCAGGGCCCGGAUGCAGCACGUCCUUGAGCAGAACCUGGACAUGGCCACGGCUCUGCUUGCCGGAGAAAAGCUGAAGGAGCUGAUUAUGCCAGGGUCCACGCAGGAUGAGAAGGGCGCGAGGCUGGCAGGCCUAACGGUCCAGCUGAAGCUGGAGCUGCCUUUUGACCGCGUGGUCACCAUCGGCACCGUGAUCAUCCCCAUCCUGCUGGUGACGCUUGUCUUCACACGCAACUUUGCAGAGGAGUCCAUCUACUGCUACACCCCGCACAACUUCACGCGUGACCAAGCUCUGUAUGCACGGGGAUACUGCUGGACGGAGCUGCGGGACGCUGUACCCGGGGUGGAGCCGGCCUCACGGCCCUCACUCUUUGAGCACAAGUUCCUGCCCUACGCCCUGCUCGCCUUCGCCGGCAUCAUGUACAUCCCAGCCCUGGGGUGGGAGUUCCUGGCCUCCACCCGCCUCACAUCUGAGCUCAACUUUCUGCUGCAUGAGAUCGACAACUGCUACCAUCGGGCGGCCGAGGGCCGGGCACCCAAAAUCGAGAAGCAGAUCCAGUCUAAGGGGCCAGGCAUCACGGAGAGGGAGAGGCGGGAGAUCAUCGAGAAUGCGGAGAAGGAGAAGAGCCCUGAGCAGAACCUUUUUGAGAAGUACCUGGAGCGCCGAGGCCAGAGCAACUUCCUGGCCAAGCUGUAUCUGGCCAGACACCUGGCAAUCAUCUGCCUGAGCUCCAUCCCCAUCACCUACCUGAGCGUUUACUAUGCCCGUCAGCGGCAGAACGAGUUCACCUGCGCCCUUGGCGAGCCCCCUGACACGAGCAGCUCACCGGGGCUGCGACUCAGCGUCAACUGCAAGCUGCCAGCCGUGCAGCUGCAGCGUAUCAUGGCAGCCGUGGACAUCGGCCUGCUAUGCGUCAUGAACCUCAUCAUCCUGGUGAACCUGCUGCACCUGUUUGUGGUGCGCAAGUCCAACUUUGUCUUUGACAAGUUGCACAAGGUGGGCAUCAAGACGCGCCGGCGCUGGCAGAAGUCCCAAUUCUGCGACAUCAAUAUCCUGGCCAUGUUCUGCAAUGAGAACCGCGACCACAUCAAGUCCCUCAACCGGCUUGACUUCAUCACCAAUGAGAGCGACCUCAUGUACGACAACGUGGUGCGCCAGCUCCUGGCUGCCCUGGCCCAGUCGAACCAUGAUGCCACGCCCACUGUGCGAGACUCUGGCAUCCAGACUAUGGACCCAAGCCUGGACCCGUCUGUCCUGGGCGAGGGGGAAAUAGCCAGCGAGCCACUUGUCAUAAAACGACCCCGUAAGAAGAUAAAGUGGAUCCCCACUUCGAACCCUCUGCCGCAGUCAUUCAAGGAACCUCUAAUGUUGGCGCGGCUGGAGAACAGCACCAAGCCGGAGAAGCCCAAGCCUCUGCGCCGCAAGACGGUGGCCGAUACGUUCAUCGCACCCCUGCUGGACAGCAAAAGCACACAGCACCCCCCUACUCCCAAAGCCACUGAUCUAAGUGGUGUUGGCAUGGAGAAGAAGCACAAAGGCAAUUUCUCCUUGGACGUCCACCCCUACAUGCUAGCCCUGCGCAAGCCCAAGGCGGAGACCUCCAACACAGAAUCCCUGGCCAGCAACCCCAGUGCCCUUGACACUGUCUUUCUGGAGGGAACCCACACUGUUGUCCACGUGCCAUCCUCUGUUGCAGAAAAAAAGGAGACUAUCUCUGAGCCCAAACCUGCCCCGUUCUCAGGGGUCUCCCUCCCUGCUUCAUCCUUUUUAAAUGGUAGCACUGCUAGCCUGCCCACAACCUGCCCACCCGAGCCCCUCGGACCCCCCUCGGACCCUGAGAGUCAGGCUGGGCCCUUCAGCCGAAAUCCUACGCAUCCCCUGCUCACCAUCCACCACACGCUCUACGAGGAGGAGGAAGAGGAGCCAUCGGAGCAAGCGCACAGGGACCGGCUGGCAGAGAGGCCCACCGGGGAGCUUAUUGCUGCUGGGGAGUGCUGAGGGGUGGGCUUUGUGGUGCCACACCCUCCUCUUCACAUCACAUUGUCCCUCGGUGACUGGGCAGCAGCCCCGGCUCCCACACACCACCAAAAGGA